GUGAUACAGCUGGUAUAAUCGCAGAAUUUUUUCGUCGCUGGCAUUCAACUGUCAGAAACAGGAAGCGUCUGUGACCGGUCGGCAAUUAUACGGAAGUAUUGCUUGAGCACAUGAGGAGAAAUAAAUGUGAGCCAUCAUCAUGACGGAAAUCAAUUUUCGAAUUGUGCAUAUUCCUUCAGAAAAAUAUCUUUCUGAUGAGGAGGCCAAACGUAAGGUAGAACCUUAUAUGAACAUUUUGAAGCAACGCAUUGAGUCGUGUGGUGUUAAAGAUGUCAGUAUAAGUUUUUUAAAUGUUAAAAAAUCUGACGACGACGAAGAUUACCCAGAAAUAGAAGAAAUAGUUUUCCAGGUCCAGGCUAAAUUAUCGUUGCCUAGUUAUAUCAAGCCAGGUUGUUAUCGAGAAUUCUGUAAGAGGUGGAAAGAACAAUUCGGACCAUCAUCGCCUCCUAUUUUAGUCUUGUACGAAAAUGGCAGUUUCAUUAAUACUCGCCGUUCUGUUGAUUUAGACAGAGAGUAUGCUGGGCUUGCAUUUGGUACAAUGCCAUAUAAUGGUGAAUUUCAUGAAUAUGCAUCCAUUCAGUACUCUAAUUAUAUAAGCUUUUAUCAUGAUACUCGAAACGUUGCUAUAAAAUGCUAUGAUUUAGAAUUAAGGUUUUCUUACAACAAUAUUAGGAAUAUUUUUGUAAAUAUAGGGUCCUCUCCAUGCGAAGUGUUUUUCGAUUUGUGUAAUCCUCCUUUAAUUUUUCGCCCUGAAGCAAAGCGCAAUAGAUUUGUCGGAUCUUAUACCAUAGACCACCGAACUGCUCUAGUGAAGAAAUCAAGUAUUGUGAUGUCAAAACUUCAGAAAGUUGACGAAAUUGAUGCUGAUACGUUUGGCAGAUCGAAUGUUUUAAGAAUAACGUUUCGAAAUGCAUCUGAAGUUGAAGAAAUAAUUGGCCGUAUUCAUUUUCGAUGCAGUGAAAAACCAAUACAUUAUGUAUAUCUUUUAUCAGUUUUGAAGAUAAAACCAGUUAACUUGAAUGUAAGUCUUCCUCAUUUUGGUUGCACAUACCUGUUGAAUGCAAUGUUGAGAAGGAAUUUCAUUUUGGAAGCUCAAGCUCCAAACUUCAAUAUAUACCUCAAUAUUAUACGAAGAUUAUGUGAAGAGAAUGGAGACUGCUUGGAAAAGGCUUUAAUUCUUGUUCUUGCUACUAUGGAUUCGGGAAAGUUAGUGAACUAUUGGCAUGCAAUUGAAAGGCAAUAUCACUACUAUCUAACUAAUUUGGAUGAGAUAAACUUUGGUCAUUAUGUGGUACCCGAGAAAUGUCGGAUGAUUCGCCGAGUCACUUUGACCCCAACAAAACAGAUGUUGUGGUCUCCCGAAAUCAUGUUUAGUAACCGAGUUUUAAGAAAUUUUGACUCGGAAUACGCGUUACGUGUUUCUUUUAGAGAUGAUAACAAUUCCAGAUUGAGUUUUUUUGCUGCAUUUGCUGAUGAAAAUGUUUUUGACUUCUCCAUAAGACACCCUAUGCUCCAAGGAAUUCGCAUUGGUGAUCGGCAUUAUGAAUUUUUGGCGUGGUCUAAUUCUCAGAUUCGUGACCACGGAAUAUGGAUGUAUGCCAAAGAUUCUAAUGGAAAUACUGUUAGAGAUAUUAGAGCUUGGAUGGGAGAUUUCUCACAUAUUCAUUCAGUUCCAAAAUACAUGGCUAGAAUGGGACAAUGUUUUUCACAAACUGAAGAUGCUGUUUCUGUUCCGUUAGAUCCGAGGUACGUUAAAACAGAGAAAGACAUAGAAGGAGGUUAUGAUAUAACUAAUGGAAAACCAUAUUGUUUCUCCGAUGGCGUGGGCAAAAUUUCUUCUUCUCUUGCAAAGAAGGUGCAUGAUGCCCUCGGUCAUGAUAAAUUAUGUAGUGCGUUCCAGAUACGCUAUGGAGGAUACAAAGGGAUGCUUGUUAUUGACCCAACAUUGAAGGAUAUUGACAUAGUGUUUCGUGAGAGCAUGAAGAAGUUUGAUUCCCCGAAUAACACCAGACUAGAAAUAGCUAAAACAAGUGCUCCUAUUGGUUUGCAGCUGAACAGACCAUUCAUAUCUAUCCUGAAUGAUCUGGGAGUGCGACAUCGAACAUUUUCAAAGUUGCAAGAAGAAAUGCUACGUACUUUAACUGAUAUGCUCUUUGAUGAGAAAAAAGCUGCUAGUUUCUUAGAAUCUAAAACACCUAAUCAAUUAUUUACUUACAAGGAUCUCUCUGCAUCUGGAAUUUAUUUAACUACUGAGCCCUUCUUCCGCUCGUUGUUGCUUGCACUCCAUCGACACCAUGUUGAAAAAAUCAAAUCAAAAGCCAACAUUGCUAUUGAUCCCAGUCAAGGAAGAAAUAUGCUAGGUGUUAUAGAUGAGACUGGGCUGUUGAAUGAAAAUGAAGUGUUCGUCCAGUAUACCAAAGAUAUAUAUUGUGGUGAAACUACUAAAGAUACCGUUAUACUAAAAAGAGUAGUCCUUGUUACUAAGAAUCCUUGUCUUUUACCUGGAGAUGUAAGGAAAUUCAGAGCUGUUGACAUUCCUGAAUUACACCACAUAGUUGAUUGCAUCGUAUUUCCUCAGAAAGGUUCAAGACCUCACCCGAACGAGAUGGGAGGUUCAGAUUUAGAUGGCGAUGAAUAUGCCGUGUUAUGGAAUGAUGACCUAAUUUUUCACAGACCGAAUGAAACCCCUGGCCAUUUUCCUAGUGCUCAGCAAGAAGUUAAUUAUAAUAUAAGGGAUACAGACAUGAUUAAUUUCCUUGUGAAAUAUAUAAAAAACGAUCAAGUUGGGGCAAUUGCAAAUGCACAUCUCGCACAUGCCGAUUAUUCAGAUAUUUUCUCGGCGAAGUGCAUUGAAAUAGCAAAAAAGUUCUCUUAUGCAGUUGACUAUGCUAAAACUGGAGUGAGUCGUCAUCUUGAUCCUCCAGAAAGACCAGACCGAUUCCCAGACUUCAUGGAGAGGAACUAUAAAGAAACUUACAAAUCAAAAAAAGCUUUAGGCAAGAUGUAUCGAGUUGCUCACGAUUAUGAAUCGGAAAACCAGGAAGCAAGCAUUACUUAUCAGGAUAUUAAAGUUGAUCCAGAUUUGGAGUAUCCUGGAUGGGAAAGAUACAAAGAGAAUGCUAUUAAGUCGAGAAAUAAAUAUAACACUUUAUUGAAAACCAUCUUGAGAAAUUAUGGUAUACAGCAUGAAGCGGAAGUAUUUUCAGGAGCGUUUACUAAUUUGCAUUGCCGCUUUCAAGAACGAAAAGACCGUGAUGAAAUCGAGAAGGUAGUUGUGAGAUGCAUUAAGAGGCUCUCUAAAAGCAUGAAUGAGGAAUUUCUCGAAGAAUUUAAAGAUGCUGCUGAUGCUAAGGAAAUUGAUGUUCGUAUUUUACAAAAAGCCUCCGCUUGGUACAUAAUUACAUAUAGUGACAGCAGUGCCAAAUUCUUGAGUUUUCCGUGGACAGUUUCUAAGUUCUUAGCAAACAUUAAAAUCAGAAAAACGGGUAUACCUCCUCUUCAUUUUUCUCCUAUUGUUGCCGAAAUGGAUAAGCAAAUCAAAAUCUGUGAAACGAAAAACCUGUUGCCUCUUGAUAUCGAUUCACCUUUCUGGGAAGAUUUUAAAUUUAUUUGUAACCAGGAUGUUGUAAAACUCGCUUUUAGAGUAUUGGUUUUGUGGGCUGAUGAUGAAGAAAUAUUGACGAGAUAUGGUCAACAAGGUCUCAUGCCAUUCAAUACAUUUCUUAGACUUUUCCUCCAUGUUGCUGAAUCAGCAAAUUACGUAGUCAGUCACAGCAAAUCACAUAAUCAAUCUGUCUUCCCCACUCCCAAUGGUCCAACAUUUUCUGCCGCUUCUCUUUGUUUAGAGUUCUUUAGGUUUUGCCUGACACUUCGUUUCUACAAUCAGUAUGAAGUCAGGGAAAUUAUACCAUUCACCGUAAAUAAAUAUAGUCAGUUAUCAAAACGAGCUGUUGUUACUUACCACAGAUUUGCUCUUCUGGGUAAAUUUCGAACUCUGUAUUUUGAUGCAAUUGUUGAGGAAAGAGGCAUACAUAUGAAGCCUGUUUAUAUCGAUAGCAAAAUAUUUCCAAGGUUACCAAUUGAUUCUGAGUCGCUACGCAAAGCCGAGGAAGCACUUAUGAAACACUCAAAAGUGGAAUUCGUGAGACUUCGAGAAAUCAAACAAACCAAAAAAGUAGUCGUUUUUGCUAUUGGCACUGAGCAAUCUUUGAAAAUGUUGAAAAGCUUUUUGAGAAAGAAGCAUGUGUGGUUGAGACAGUUAUUCACAACAGGAAAUUUACCUUUAGAAUAAAGGCAAAAUAACAAUAUUUUCAUUUUAUAAAUAUAAUUCAUUAUUAUUUUUUUUUAAUUUCAAGAGCACAUAUUCUGAAAAAGUGUCAUUUCAAUGAUAAAACAAUAUAUUGGCUCAUAAUAUUUUCUUUCCUAUCAAAAUGCAUUCCUGUACAUAAUGCAUAAGAUGUUUUUGUAACUUUUUAUAUAUCUGUUUUUGAUGCCUGGAAUGUGAUUUUAAUAAAAAAAUUUCCAACCUCCUCUA